GAGAUUGUGUGCUGGCGGAUGUCUGGACUUAGGAUGAGGUGUUGACGUUAUCGCCGGUGACGGUUGAGGUAUAAAGAGCUGGUAGGUUGUUGACAUGAAAUGGGUUUCGCAGAAACAUCCGCUCCGGCAACAGCUCACUUCAGGUUCGAGCUAACAUUUAGAGCAAUCGGACUACUGAAUCAGCUUAUCUGGAAGGACGACGAUCACAGGCGACUGCUAUAAGAGUAUCGAAGCACCAAGCUUGCGAAGUCGCACAGAGCUACUCCAAUACCUGCCAGCCGCAGAUCUACUUUCAAAACAGCUCAUUCACAAGUCAGAUCUAUCACAAUGGGCUCCGAACUCCCCAAGACCUUCAAAGCCGCCGUGCUCAAUGGCAUCGACCAGCCACUGGAGAUCAAAGAGCUCCCAAUGCUGCAACCUCAAGCUGGAGAGCUCUUGAUCAAAGUCCACGCCUGCGGUGUCUGCCACUCCGACCACCACGUCCUACACGGCGACUUCGGUCCUCCAGGCAUCGAUGUUCUUGGCCACGAGUUCGUGGGCACUGUCGUAGCCGUCCCACCAGAAGAGAAGAAAUGGGUCGUUGGCGACCGCGUCGGCGGAGCCUGGCACGGAGGACACGAUGGCAACUGCCGUCAAUGCUCUCGUGGACAGUUCCAAAUGUGCGAUAACAAGACUGUCAAUGGUGUAUACCGUAAUGGUGGUUACGGCGAGUACGCUACUCUGCGAAGUGAAGCGGCUGUCCGCAUUCCCAAGGACGCCGAUCCUGCUGAGGUCGCUCCUCUGCUCUGUGCGGGAGUCACGGUGUUCAACGGUAUUCGUCGAUUGGGCGUCACUAGCGGAGAAGUUGUUGCCAUUCAAGGUCUUGGUGGUCUGGGACAUCUUGCAAUCCAGUAUGCCAGGAAGAUGGGUUAUCGAACUGUCGCCCUCUCGAGAGGCUCGGAGAAGAAGGACUUUGCCAUGAAGUUGGGCGCAACGGACUACAUCGAUACCCAAGCGGAAGAUGUUGGCAAGGCAUUGCAAGCUCUCGGCGGCGCUGCUCUUGUCGUUGUCACAGCACCAAACCCAGAAGUCAUCUCACCUCUGCUCGGAGGUCUGCAGCCUGGUGGAAAGUUGUUGAUUCACGUUGCUGUGGGGCCGGUGCCAGUCGAUACUGUUGCUAUGGUUCUGAAUGCGCUUUCGGUUCAUGGCUGGCCAAGUGGACAUGCGUUGGACAGUGAGGAGGCGAUUGCCUUUGCGAGAACGCACGACGUGAAGUGCUUGAUUGAGAAGUUCCCGCUUGACAAAGCCAACGAUGCUAUGGCACACAUGAUGAGCGGAAAGGUCAGGUUCAGGGCUGUUUUGACAAUGGAUUAAGGGAAGAGACAGGUUGUGCGAAUACAUGAUAGCAACGCAUGUAGUUCUUGAAGUAUCACAAACGUUAAGUAAAUCACUGCACUUCCAUCAGU